AUGCCGCUUCUUAGGGCCGAAGUGAAGAACGUUUACGGUUUAGGUCAAACCGAGCUCCACAGAAAUGUCGAUCUUGAAGACCCCAAAGCUAUUCUCGACGGUGUCGCCGUUUCUGGUCUCCUUGGGAUCUUGCGUCAGAUCGGUGAUCUCACUGAGUUUGCAACAGAGAUAUUCCAUGGUAUACAAGAGGAGGUUGUGAUUACAGCUUCAAGAAGCAAUAAAUUGAAGAUGAGACUGAAGCAAAUAGAAGCUAAAGUGCCUUCAAUCCAGAAGGCAGUGCUUGCACAAACAAAUCACUUACAUUUUGCAUACACUGGAGGUCUGGAGUGGCAUCCUCGUAUACCAAAUGAGCAAAGUCACUUUAUUUAUGACGACUUGCCACAGUUUAUUAUGGCUCCAUACGAGGAUUGCAGGGAUCCUCCGCGGUUGCACUUGCUCGACAGAUUUGAUAUAAAUGGUCCAGGGUCUUGUUUAAAGCGGUACUCUGAUCCUACUCAUUUCAAAAGAGCAUCAAGAGCUUCGAAAAUUCCAGAAAUUAAGAAGAAGAAAUCUGUGCCACAGAGUCGAGAUAUAUCAAGUCUUGCCUCUAUGGCUAACCAGAGUGACAGGAAGACAUUUACUUCUUUAAGCUUCAGUGGACGAACCUCUUCCUCGAAAACUGCCUCAACAGUUGAAAUUGAAUCGAAAUCCGACUUGCAAGAUCAUCGUUCUUGCUCUUUCGAUUCUAGAAGUGGUGGAGAGAAACCUAAGGGAGUAUUUACUUCUUCAAGGUUUACACCAGGAGCCCGGACCAUUGCUUCAAUUCUUUUCGAAAGUGAAAGCGAAGAUGCAAAUGAUAGUCCUCCUCAAGAUCUAACAGCUCGUGGUUCCUCUUGCGUUAGUUGGCACGAGAAAGCUGAAAUAGUCGAACCCGAUGCUCUGCAACGUGCAACAGAUGAAGCUCCUGAUAUAAUGGAAACAACCAUUGUUGUGGAUGCUGAACCAGUAUCAAAACUUAAAGAACAUACAGCGGUUGAAACAGUCCGCGACAUCAACCCGAAGAUAAUGGAAAUGGACAGUGAAGAUGACACUGUAAGCGAAGGGGAUAAUUUUGUUGAUGCGCUUUACACCAUUGAUUCGGAAUCUGAAAAUGAACAAGGGUACCAAACCAUUGAAGAGGUGCAGAAGCAGAAUACCAAUGAGAUUACAGAAGAAAGGUUGGAAAACUCGGUGUUUAAGCAAGAAAGAGAGAAGGUUUCUAACAACUUUACCGAUGUUGAGUCAAUAUGUCCUGCUGCAUCAGAUCAACAUUUAUCAUCAUCACCGGUAAAUAAAUCUGUUGAACUGAUUCAUCAAGAUCCAUGGGCUGCUGCUUCAGAUAUAAGUAAUGGUAAUCAUAAUUAUUCCAAUGGCUUCUCAAAUCCCUUGUAUGAUAUAAGUGGUAUUCAAGAACAUCAAGAAUCAGAAACUGAGACCGAAUCCAUUAAAGUAUGGACUAACGGAAAUCUACUGGGACUUAAACCGUCGAAACCAAAGAUUGUUGCAGCAACCAUUCUAGAGAAUGAUGAAGACAUUGAUGAUGAAAGUUUCGAAGAGCACUACAGAGAAGAUAAGGCUCCUUUUGAUUGGUUUACUUCAUCUCCUCCACUUGAUCACAUGAAGAUAUCUUUCAAUCCCUCGGAAAUGUUGCAAAGUUCGGAACUGAAGCUAAAACUACCUGAUGAAUACACUUUUUCUUCAUUUCAGUUGGUGCCAGAGACUACUGCUACUUCACUUCCUGAUUCUGAUUCAGACAAGGACAGUUUCUGUAGAUCCUCUUCUUCUUACAUUUCAGAUAACAGUGACAAUCACUCUGUGUCGAUAUCCGAGCAGCAUUGGGAAGAAGAAGAAUCAGGCGAAAACCGUGAAAGCAAGAUCCAACAAAUUCUCUAUAAUGCUGAAGCUUCUUCUCUCUCAGCUCCAACUCCACAGAUUGAAACAAAAAAUGGCUACUUAGCUGGAAAUCUCUCAUACCUCCAACAUCCAGCUAAGCCUUUACCACCGCCACUCCCACCGUUACAGUGGAUGGUUUCCAAAAUACCGUCCGAAAGAGUCGAGGAUAACAACAAGGAGUCUCUAAAGGAGACUCUCAUACGCGCAUUUGAGCAGAAGAAUUCUUUAUCUUCAGUCAAGAAAGAAGAAACCAACAUUGUCAAGGCCUCUGAUCCUAAACCAGAAAACAAUGUACAUCAGAAGAACAAUGUGAGGGAUUACAAGCAAAGUCAUGGCAAUGUAAAACAGACGGAUGCUGGAGACUUCUUGCAUCAAAUCCGAACAAAACAAUUCAACCUGAGACGUGUGGUAACAACAAAGACAUCAUCAUCGGACGCUACGAUGAAUACCAAUAUCAGCAUGAUUCUAGAGAAGGCAAACUCCAUUCGACAGGCUGUAGCAAGCGACGAUGGAGAUGGCGAAAGCGAUUCAUGGAGCGAUAGUGACAUGUGA